GUGGAUUUUGACGUGCUCGGAUGGUGGAAGCGGAACGAACACAUGUUCCCAUGUCUCGGCAUGCUAGCAAGACAAGUGUUAUCCGUUCCGGUAUCAACCGUAGCAGUUGAACGAGAAUUCAGUGCUGGCGGGAACAUUCUAACCGACUUUCGAAGUUGUCUUAGCGCUGAAUCUCUUGAAACACUUGUUUGCAACCAAGAUUGGCUCUUGGCAAGACGUCGAGCUCAAGAGUCAACGUACCAACUCGAAUCGGAGCAUUACAUGAAUGCAACAACAGAUGGAAGUCCGAGUUCUGAAGAAUAAGUUAUAAUUUUUUUUGUUAAUGUAAAUAUGUAAUUAGUUUUUUUAGCUGAGCGAUAUAUAAGCUCCUUCGAGGGUUUCUUUACGGUUCUUUACCUCGUCGCUUUUUUUGAACCGUCAGGAUAUUAAAUGUGGUUGUUCUUC